CCCAACUGCCUGUGAUGGAUCACCAGCUGUACGGGGACCCGUCCGCGAACAGCUUCUCUCCGCUGGAGGCGCAGAUCUUCUCCGGCCAGCUGCCGCUGUCACCGCCGUGGCAGAAUAUCGACGUCGACGUCGACCUGGACCUCGACGUUCUCGAGGACGACAUAGUCCGCGAGCUCUCCGGGAGGCCGGCAAACGCGGCAUCGUCAGGCUCCGGCUCCGGCAGCCCCGGCUCCCACAAGAAGCUCAGUCACAACGCGUACGAGCGCGACCGCCGGAAGCAGCUCAACGAGCUCUACCUCUCUCUCCGUUCUCUCCUCCCGGACGCCGACCACACUAAGAAACUGAGCAUUCCGACGACGGUGUGUCGAGCGCUCAAGUACAUCCCCGAGCUGCAGAAACAGGUGGAGAAUCUGGAGAAGAAGAAAGAGAAACUUGCUAGUGCCAACUGCAAACCAGGGGUACUGAGCGCGAGCGGCAGCAUAGCUCCAACUGUGUCCGCUACUUGCCUCAACGACAAGGAAAUCAUGGUUCAGAUUAGCUUGCUGAGAGGUACGGAUGCUGCUACAGCUCUACCUCUUUCCAAAUGUAUCAAUGUACUGGAGAAUGAAGGACUUCAGCUCAUCAGUUCAUCAACUUCCUCCACCUUUGGGAACAAAAUGUUCUAUAACCUCCAUCUUCAGGUAAAUCUUUUUCUGUUAAUACUAAUCAUAAGGUGGAUGCAUACAACACACACCACAAUCAUAUACAAACACAUAGCAUUUACAAGUUUUUUAUCGAUGAAAGACAUUCAUUCAAUCAAAUCAUCAUGGAUUCAUGGUGAUAUAACCGUCUAG